AUGCUCCAGAAGGUUCUGGUGUCGCUACUUGCCAGCGGUGGCCUCUGGACCACCGCCACGGCCAUGCCUCUCAUCUCAGGAGCCGGCCAGAAAGUGGCUAUUCCCAACUGGGAUUUCCAGUCCUCAUCAAGCGUUGACAAGGACCUUACCAAGCUGUCCCUAGCAGGCGGCACGGAUACCAAGUUGUGGCAUCAUGUCGAGGCGUCGCGCUGCACGCUCAUGGGCUGCCUCCUGGCGAACGGCGAGUACAAGGACAGUGAGCUCUGGUUCUCGGACAACCUCAACAACUUCAACUGGGGCCAAUUUGCCGUACCUUGGGUCUACCGCCACGAGUUCGAAUUGCCAGCUUUGGAAAAAGGGCAGCAUUUUCUGCUCGAGACCAACGGCAUUUCCUCCAAAGCCGAUCUCUACGUCAAUGGCAAGCAGAUUGCUGACGCCGAGUUCCAAGCGGGCGCCUACGCUGGACACACCUACGAUAUCACCGAUCUGGCGGCAGAGGCGAACGCUCUGCUUGUGCACGUCUAUCCCACGCAGUAUCUGUAUGAUUUCGGUGUCGGUUUCGUGGAUUGGAAUCCGUACGCGCCGGACAACGGCACGGGCAUAUGGCGCGACAUCACCGUCAAACAGACCGGGCCUGUAGCCAUGGGUCCGCUAAGCAUCGCCGUCGAUGCACCUCUGCCAAUUGGCCAGCACGAUGCCACCGUGACGAUCCGCGCCAAGGCCACGAACCUCGAAAAGGCGAGUGUCAAGCUUGCGGCCAAGGCGACAACCGUGAGCCAAGCUGGUACCACCGUUGGCACGCAGGAACACAUCGUGAUGCUAGGCGCGGGCGAGUGCAAGUAUGUCGAGUUCCAGCAAGUCAUUAAAGCCCCUCAGGUGUGGUGGCCCAAGACCUGGGGCGAGCAGCCUUUGUAUACGGCCAAGGUGGACUUUUCCGUCAAUGAUGCUGUCUCAGACACUGCCGAGUCGGCUUUUGGCGUCCGCACCGUUACGUCCGUCGUCAACUCACAUAAUGACACCGUUUUUACUGUCAACGGCUACCCUUUUCAGGUCAUUGGCGGCGGCUAUGGCGCCGACAUGUUUCUGCGCUGGGACAGCACGCGCUUCACAAGAAUCGCGCAGUACAUGAUUGACAUGGGCCAAAACACGAUCCGUCUUGAGGGCAAGAUGGAGCAGCCGGAACUCUACGAUAUCGCUGAUCGUCUUGGGCUCAUGGUCAUUGCCGGCUGGGAGUGCUGUGAUAAGUGGGAGGCGUGGGAGUACAACCAUGACCUCGCUGUUGACCCGCCGCCUAUCUGGGAUGAGCGCGACUACGCCAUUGCUAACGCUAGCGUGGUUCACGAGGCCGGCGUCAUUCAAACUCACCCAAGCAUGCUCGGCUACCUUGUAGGCAGCGACUACUGGCCAAAUGAUCGCGCAACGAAAAUAUACGUUGAAGGACUGAAGGCUGCCGGCUGGCAGGUGCCCAUUAUCGCGUCGGCGGCCAAGCGUGGCUACCCGGAGCUCCUCGGUCCAUCGGGUAUGAAGAUGGAGGGCCCGUAUGACUGGGUGCCCCCAAACUACUGGUUCGAUACGAAUGAAGAUGGUACGGACCGCUACGGCUCAUCAUUUGGCUUUGGCUCCGAGCUCGGCGCCGGUGUAGGUACGCCCGAGCUCGGCAGCCUGAAAAAGUUUUUGUCAAAAAUGGAUAUGGAAGAUCUGUGGAAGAAGCCGGAAAAGGGCUUGUUCCACAUGUCCAACAACAACUCGCAGUUUUACGAUCGCAAGAUCUACAACAGUGGCCUCUUUUCGCGUUUCGGCAAACCCACAUCGCUCGAUGACUACCUGAUCAAGGCGCAGCUGACCGACUACGAGGCUACGCGCGCUGAGUACGAAGGAUACUCGGCGUUUUGGAACGCGGAGCGCCCUGCCACGGGUGUCAUCUACUGGAUGCUGAACAACGCCUGGCCGAGCCUACACUGGAACCAGUUUGACCACUACCUCCGCCCCGCGGGGUCAUACUACGGCACCAAGACGGGGUCGCGCGUCGAGCACGUUGCCUUUGACUAUGUGAGUCGUGGUAUCUGGCUCAUUAAUCACUCGCUGGACCAAAAGGGCGCGCGCACAGUCGAGGUGGACCUCAUAGACAUACAUGGCAAGACAAUUUCGAGCCAGACAAUUACGGAUGAGACAGAGCCAAACACAUCGCGCAAGAUUGGCCAGGUGGAGGGCGUGGAUGUUGAGGAAGUGGUAUUUUUGAGGCUAAGACUAUUCAAGAAGGACAAGGUCGCUAGCAGGAAUGUGUACUGGCUGACCAAGGACGUGGACGUACUAGACUGGAAAAACUCGACGUGGUACUACACACCCGUGACAAAGUAUGUCGAUUAUACCUCGCUGAGCAAGAUGGACGCCGCCAGCGUCAAAGUGACGGUUGGUGAGUCGACAUGCCGAUCUAGGACAGAUGGCGUUAGAGGUAAGAGCGUGACGCUGGAGAAUAUGUCGGCUGUACCGGCGUUCUUUUUGAGCUUAAACGUGGUGGAUGAUGCGGGCGAUGAUGUGGUGCCGGUGCUGUGGUCGGAUAACUAUGUGACAUUAUGGCCGAACGAGACGCUCAAGCUCACUGUUGGGCAAUGGGACGAUAGGGCAAAGGCGGUGGAGGUCAAGGGGUUUAAUGUCAAGCCGGCAAGUAUCAAGUUCUAG